CCGGCCCGGUCGGCCCGCGGGUGCCCAGGGGGCCGGGCGGGCGCCCCGGCGGAGCCCGAGGGACGCACGCGCGAGGGCCCCUUUGUGGACUUCACCGCCGCCAACAUCUGGGCGCAGCGCGGGCCACCGCUGUCUGUCGCGCCGCCGCCUCGCCUUGGGGACCGGAGAAGGCGCAGCCCCAAGGCCGGAGACUUCAGUUUGGGAUCAGCCCCCCGUGAUGCGGUAGCGGCCGCUGUGCGGAGGCCGCCGAGCAGCUGCAGCCGCCCCCGCGCAGAUCCACGCUGGCUCCGUGCGCCAUGGUCACCCACAGCAAGUUUCCCGCCGCCGGGAUGAGCCGCCCCCUGGACACCAGCCUGCGCCUCAAGACCUUCAGCUCCAAGAGCGAGUACCAGCUGGUGGUGAACGCAGUGCGCAAGCUGCAGGAGAGCGGCUUCUACUGGAGCGCCGUGACGGGCGGCGAGGCGAACCUGCUGCUCAGUGCCGAGCCCGCCGGCACCUUCCUCAUCCGCGACAGCUCGGACCAGCGCCACUUCUUCACGCUCAGCGUCAAGACCCAGUCGGGGACCAAGAACCUGCGCAUCCAGUGCGAGGGGGGCAGCUUCUCUCUGCAGAGCGACCCCCGGAGCACGCAGCCCGUGCCCCGCUUCGACUGCGUGCUCAAGCUGGUGCAUCACUACAUGCCGCCCCCGGGCGCCCCCUCCUGCCCCUCGCCGCCGACUGAACCCUCCUCCUCGCCCGCCUCUGAGGUGCCAGAACAGCCGCCCGCCCAGCCACUCCCGGGGAGCCCCCCCAGGAGAACCUAUUAUAUCUAUUCGGGGGGCGAGAAGAUCCCGCUGGUGUUGAGCAGGCCCCUCUCCUCCAACGUGGCCACUCUGCAACACCUCUGUCGGAAGACCGUGAACGGCCACCUGGACUCCUAUGAGAAAGUCACCCAGCUGCCUGGACCCAUUCGGGAGUUUCUGGACCAGUACGAUGCUCCACUUUAAAGAGCAAAGGGCAAGGGUCGGGGGCGAGGCCUGGGUCUCCUCUCCUCCGAGGCACAUGGCACAAGCACAAGAAUCCAGCCGGGAGAGCCCUGCAGCUCUGGGUGAGCCGGAGGAUGGACAGGCCCCGCCCUCGGGCCCUGCCCCCUGCCGACAGGGGCAGGCCGAACUUGGAAUGUGUGUGAGGGAAGGGGAGUGCCACCUGAGAGCUCCUCCCCCACUCCAGACUCUCCGGAGGAGCCAGGUGGCCCGACGGGACCACAGCUGCAGUGGAUUGAUCUCCUCUCCCCUCUGCUUCCUCGACUCCCGUGCACUUCCAGAACAGGGACGCUGCCGGAGUGCUGAACUCGUGAGAACUGCCGGGGAAUCUGCAAACUUUCCAGCGGAACUUGUUUGCGCUUUCAUUUGGUUUUAAACAUGGCUUUAACCCUGAGCAAGCCUCAGGCCUGGGAAAGGGGGGACAAGAGAGGGCUCCUCAGGGCCCCCAGGGCUACCCGCUAGCCAAGGCAAUAGCCGCUCCUGCCACCCAGCCCCGGUGAGGAGGGUGGCUGCCGCGUGCACCUCCCCUGGCUCUGGGAGAAGGCCAAGGGGUGACCGAAACGGACCUUUCUGCUCCCUUCCCCUUGGGACAGCCACCAGGAAACACAGGUCCUAGAGUCUGUUGAGCACCUGAGAGCCCAGGACCCUUCCCCCGUUUUAAGGGGGAAGUGGCAUUUGGAGGGGGAUGGACAGGCUGGGCAGCUCUGUCCCCACUCCCGCUAUACCUUCCAGGGCCUGGGGGGGGGGGGUGUGGAGGAGAUGAGCCAUCUCUGACCCCUGACCCCAGCCAGAGGAGAUGGAAGGUUCUGCAUUGUGCCUCCUGUGUCUGGCUGGGACAUUUGCCUUAAAUGCUCCCUGUCCCAUGGAUAGGGCCUGGCACACAAGAAGCCACACACUCAGCCAAUCGAGGUAGAGGCCCAGGGGUUGGUUCUCAGAGGGCCGGCAGCUGGCCACCCACCGUGGGCGGUGGGCGCAGAGGUGGAUGAUCCCACCUUCCCGCUGGGAGGGUGGCAGCCCCGUUGGUUCUGGCCUGUCCCAGGUGCCUGGCGGUGCCUGGGCUCUGGCCAGAGCACAGCCACCAGGCCCCGCACACGCUCCCUCCCUACCCGGUGGGGGCAUGUGCAGGGUGUCGUGGAGAGGCCAAGGCCCCGCCCCCGGAGGCCCCUGCUCUGCAAUAGCACUGACCAGUCAAAACUCACAGGAAUGUAGCAGCGGUGGAAUUACCUGGAAUUGUCUCUUUUUUUUGAGGAGGGGAGGACUAGACAAACACACAGCUUUCUGUGUCAGGUGUUGGUCUGGAUGGGGCAGCUGUGUGUUGGGGUGUUCUUUUUUUCUGUUUUUUGUUUUGUUUUUUAAUGAUGUUUACAAUCUGCCUCAAUCACGCUGUCUUUUAUAAAAAUUCCACCUCCAGUCCUCUCUCCUCCCCCCCCAACCCAGGCCUUCAAGGCUGUUAGGAGAUGCUUGAAGAACUCAACGAAAUACCAAUCCAAGUCAAACUUUGCACAUAUUUAUAUUUAUAUUCAAAAAGAAACAUUUCAGUAAUUUAUAAUAAAGAGCACUAUUUUUUAAUGAAAAACCUGGCUGGAGCCUCUCUGCCGGCCCCUCUCUGCCUUGCUUUCUCUUUC